AUGCCACAUCUUUUGCUAAGUAUUUUCUAUGAUGAGACUGCCUCGUUUGCUGAGGGUCCACACGUUAUUGCUCACUUUGCUAGCUUGUGGGUCUGUAGCACAACCCGCUGCGCUGAGUCUGCAGCAAAGCAGAGUCCAUGGCUAUAUAGAUCUGCGGGUGUGGGUGGUGAUGACACUGAGAGUUUGUUAAGACUUUGUCGAGAUGCCUUACUAGAGCAUUUUAAUAGCCCCCGACAAGUGGAAACCGCUCCUGAGCCUUCGGGGACCACUUGCGUCAAUCCCUUGGGACCAACUAAUAACAAACCUAUUUAUAGUUCCUUUUGA